UAUUGAAGUGUCGCCGCUCCUCCGCGUACGUGUGCCACAAAUUUCGCAGUGAACAGUGAGAGAACUCAGACUUCGAAAUGCCGGGCACGGAUUCUAAGUCCAUCUUUUCGAUGGAUAGAUGGAAGAAGGGAGGGAAACAGUCACCACAUGCGAACGGGGGUGCUAACGGACAGUAUACCCCUGUCGAUAGGAAUGGGGAUGACGAGAAGCAAAGAGGAGCCAAUGAGGAAAAGAAGCCAGAAGAAGUAGACAAAUCAAGAGAAACAUGGGGCAGUGGGGUAGAGUUCAUUCUCUCAACCAUGGGCUAUGCAAUUGGUCUUGGCAAUGUGUGGCGUUUCCCUUAUAUGUGCUAUGAGAAUGGAGGAGGUGCAUUUUUAGUGCCAUACUUCAUCAUGCUGUUUAUUGUGUGCUUCCCAAUCAUGUUUAUGGAAAUGGGUCUUGGUCAGUUCAGUAGUUUGGGAUGCAUCUCUGUCUGGGAAAUCAGUCCAUUCUUCAAAGGGAUUGGUUAUGCCAUGACAAUGGUGUCUUCCUACUUUUGUUUCUACUACAUCAUCAUUAUGAGUUAUUCAAUCUUCUACAUGUUUGCUAGCCUGCAAAGUGAACUGCCAUGGAGAGGCUGCAAUAAUACAUGGAACACAAUAAAUUGCUUUGAAGGUAUCAAAGAACUCAACCAAACUGCCAACUGGUCCAACCCAGUAUCCACUGCCAUGCCAAAUGCCUCUGGAAAGGUCUGGGCUACGGAAGAAUACUGGAAGUAAGUUAUUUUCUCUAUCAAUUUAAAGUGGAAGUCCACUUCAACAAGAGGUUUAUUUGAAUAAAAAGAGGGAUAUCAGAUAAAAGCAUAACACACAAAAUGUCAUCAAACUUUCAUAGAAAUUUAAUAAAAUUAUAUUUUCAAUUUCUUUUUACAAUUUACAAUACAUUUUUUUUUCACAGAAAAUGCAAAAGACAGUAGUACAGUAUGCAAAUGAGAGUCAUGAUGUCACUCAAUGAAUCUCUUGUAUUUUAUUUUAUAAUUAUGCAAUUUUUCCAAACUUUUGCAGAUUUGACAAUAAGGACACUCUUCAUCAAAUCAUAAUAGAUUCCAUGUACAGCAAUGGCAGUUCCAUUUUUUUGAGAAAUCAAACUUUAUUUUGUGUUAUGAGACAAUUAAGUUUUCA